AUGAACCCCAGUGCUCCCAGUUACCCCAUGGCCUCCCUGUACGUCGGAGAUCUGCAUCAAGAUGUGACCGAGGCCAUGCUGUACGAGAAAUUCAGCCCAGCCGGAGCAAUCCUCUCUAUCCGGGUCUGUAGGGACAUGAUCACCCGGCGUUCCUUGGGAUACGCCUAUGUCAACUUCCAGCAGCCGGCGGACGCUGAGCGUGCACUGGACACUAUGAACUUUGACGUGAUAAAGGGGCAGCCUGUACGCAUCAUGUGGUCGCAGCGUGAUCCAUCAUUGAGAAAAAGCGGCGUGGGAAACAUCUUCAUCAAGAAUCUUGACAAGUCCAUUGACAACAAGGCUCUUUAUGACACCUUCUCUGCUUUUGGCAACAUCCUGUCCUGCAAGGUGGUUUGUGACGAGAAUGGCUCUAAAGGCUACGGCUUUGUGCAUUUUGAGACUCAGGAGGCGGCUGAACGAGCCAUUGAGAAAAUGAAUGGCAUGCUGCUCAAUGACCGGAAAGUAUUUGUGGGCCGCUUCAAAUCUCGCAAAGAGCGCGAGGCUGAGUUGGGUGCCCGAGCCAAAGAGUUUACAAAUGUCUACAUUAAAAACUUUGGCGAUGAGAUGGACGAUGAGAAGCUGAGGGAGCUCUUCAGUAAAUACGGUAAUGCCAUGAGUAUCCGGGUCAUGACGGACGAAAAUGGAAAGUCUCGAGGGUUUGGGUUCGUUAGCUUUGAAAGACACGAGGACGCCCAAAAGGCGGUGGAUGAGAUGAACGGGAAGGAGAUGAACGGCAAGCUUAUGUAUGUCGGCCGCGCCCAGAAGAAGGUGGAGCGACAGACUGAGCUGAAGCGCAAAUUUGAGCAGAUGAAGCAAGACCGCAUGACUCGCUACCAGGGUGUUAAUUUGUAUGUGAAGAACCUUGACGAUGGAAUAGACGACGAACGCCUGAGGAAGGAGUUCUCGCCAUUCGGCACCAUAACCAGUGCCAAGGUGAUGAUGGAAGGCGGGCGCAGUAAAGGCUUUGGCUUCGUCUGCUUCUCGUCCCCAGAGGAGGCCACCAAAGCUGUGACAGAAAUGAACGGACGUAUCGUAGCCACCAAGCCGCUUUACGUGGCCCUGGCCCAGAGGAAAGAGGAGCGUCAAGCCCACCUGACCAACCAGUACAUGCAGCGCAUGGCCAGUGUGCGCGCAGUGCCAAAUCCAGUCAUUAACCCGUACCAGGCCGCCCCGCCGUCCGGCUACUUCAUGGCAGCCAUCCCCAGGCAGAACCGUGCCGCUUACUACCCAGCUGCUGGCCAGAUGGCCCAGCUCCGCCCAGGCCCACGCUGGACCACCCAAAAUGUUCGACCACAGCACUUCCAGAACAUGUCGGGUGGAAUACGUCCCUCAGGCCCUCGCCCUCAAACCUUCAGCACAGUGCGGCCUUCCUCCCAGGUGCCCCGCAUGAUGACCACCCAGCGAGUCGGCACUCAGACCAUGGGCCCCCGACCAGCCACUGCAGCUGCUGCAGCAGCCACCCCCGUGCGUGGAGUACCUCAGUACAAGUAUGCAGCAGGAGUUCGCAAUCCCCAACAGCACAUGAACACUCAACCACAAGUUACCAUGCAGCAGCCUGCAGUCCACGUCCAGGGACAGGAGCCUCUGACUGCCUCCAUGCUGGCUGCUGCUCCUCCUCAGGAGCAGAAGCAGAUGCUGGGUGAGCGUCUGUUUCCACUGAUCCAGAACAUGCACCCCAGCCUGGCAGGCAAGAUCACAGGCAUGCUGCUGGAGAUCGACAACUCUGAGCUGCUCCACAUGCUGGAGUCCCCAGAGUCUCUCCGCUCAAAGGUGGAUGAGGCUGUGGCUGUACUGCAGGCUCAUCAGGCCAAGGAGGCCGCCCAGAAGACGGUGACCAAUUCAGCUGGUGUCCCAAGUGUCUAGGAGUGUGGAACCUUGAGACCAGCUUCACCGAUGGACAAAAGAAUUUCACAGUGGAAAAAGUUGAAAAACACACAAAACAAAGUAAAAAGAAAAUAAAUAAUAUAUUUAAAAAAAUAACAGUGAAAACAAGUCUCCAGCCAGGCCUACAAUGAACAGAAACAUCAGGUCUGGUUUGUUGAAUGAAAGAGGAAAAAAAAGAGAAAAAA